AUGUCUUUCUCCAGCCGUAAUACCCAAACUCCCGUGGUUUACUCACCUUUUUCUUCCUCUUCGCACCGGACCGCCACAACCACAACCCCCAACCACCCCGGUCCCGGCCCCGGCCCCGGCCAUGGCUGCUACAGGAAGACCGGCGAAACCAAUACUCCGGUCUUCGCAUCCUCGUAUUCUUCCUCCUCCUCCCACGGGACUGCUACAACCACAACCACCACCACCCCGGCCACAACCACCCCGCCCACGACCACGGCUGCUACUGCUAGUUCUACUACCAGUCCUAGUUCAAGCAGCAGCGUGCCAGAGACCUUUCGCGAGUUUGGGGAGACGCUGCAGGAAAUCCCUGAUUCGAUUAAGGACAUCUUGGCGGAAGACAACGACAGCGCCCCUCCUUCUCCCUUAUUGAGCUCCUCGGGUCUCUCCUCCUCGGACGACGACGGCGGCGGCGUUCCUCUUAGCUACGAAAGCUCCGAUUCCUCUUCGGAUGACGACGAUGGCGGCGUUCUUCUUACCUCCGGAAAUUCCAAUGCUUUUUCGAGUUCCACUUCCUCGAGUUCUUCGUCCUCUCAUGGAGAGGCAGGUGGAGACAACGACAACGACCACAACGACAACGACAACGACAACGGCCACAUCCACUUCCAACCGCAGCGCCACCCAACAAAUGUCAGGGGACAGCUCGUUUGUGGAUUAUGGUUCGGGUCGGAGGCUGAUUUUGAGCAUUUUAAUCUCCGGGGGUAG